GACGUUGUCGAAGAAGGAUGUAUGUAUUUAGGGUUGGGAAUGUUGGUUACGGGACACACGUUGAUCUUGAAAUAUAAACAUGAAUAGAUCUUCGUACAACAAAGAGACGCAUUUAAAAUAAAGCAAUAUUAAGAAUCUACACCAAUUUAGCUGAAAAAUAUUACAAAAUAAGGUUAAAAUAUAAUACAAAUAUAUUUUUCUGGUCAUGUGAUUGUUCUCGACCAAUCAGAUUUCAGUAUUCUGUCGGCCGCGGUUGGAAUGUACUCUAGUAAUGGGGAUCCAUUGUUGCCCCAAUCGAUUUUGAAUUAAAAACAAUCCAAUUUAAUUAUAGCAGUCGUAUGAUAUAAUUUUGUUCACUAUAAUAAACAGUAAAUAACAAUAUCUGUAGAUUGGUACUGUAUCAUUAUUUUUUUGGCAUGUUUACAUUAUAAAUACGUUUGGACUCGUUAUGCAAUGGCUGUGCACACUUUCAAGGGCAGCUAUAUGCUAACAACAGUGGAAAAAUUUGAUGGUGCAUAAAUUUUUUCGAAUUGUUGCAGAUAUUAAGGAAUUUUUAGGUUGAUGAUUAUGCCUUAUGAAGUUAUAAGUCACUCAUAACUUAGAGUUAAAAAAAGUUUAAAGUGACUUUUUGUUACUAAGAUUUAAUUGAAUUUUACAUAUAAUGAGACUUAUGGUUUUUCUUCAAAGUAAUUACAUUUACAGGAUUUCCAUAUUAUAAGGAUAUACCGUAGUUUAUGCGGUGAAUUCCGCUAAACUACGGAAACAUUAAGGGACAAGACCUAUUCUAUAUUUAAGAAGAAAUUAAGGGGCUUGACAAAUUUUCUAGUUUCAAUCUCCAAAAUAGUUCAGUGAUGGCACUUUAUACUAAUUGCUUUAAAUCCCUAAUACUUUGGAUAAAAAAUUGGUUAACAGUAAUACAUCAUCUAUGAAAUCUAAAAAGAAUUCCGCUGACAGCAAAAUGGCAAGCUCUAAAGAAGCUCCUUCUUUAUUUGUGAAUAUGAACGAUGAAGCUGCUUUAGCAGAGUAUGAAGCUAUGGAUGCUCAAAUGGAGCCCAUAAAUGGUGUUGUUCAACCUUUAGUUUAUCCACCGGAAGGAAAGCCUCAUAGAAAUACCAAUCUUCUGCAAUUUGUUUUGAAGGUUGUUUUAAAGGCUAUUCACAAACAUAAUUUUGCAUGGCCUUUUGAGAAACCUGUAGAUACUGUGAAAUUGAAACUUCCGGAUUAUCAUAGCAUUAUUAAGUAUCCCAUGGAUUUAAAUACCAUAAAAAGGAGGAUUGAGAAUUUCUAUUAUUAUGAUGUGAAAGAAUGUAUAAGAGAUUUUCAAGCUAUGUUUUACAACUGCUAUCGAUAUAACAAACCAGGAGAAGAUGUUGUUCUAAUGGCUCAUACGAUCGAGAAAAUAUUUGUGUCCAAAAUGGAAGAAGGUCCCAAAGAAGAAAUUGAUAUAGAAAUACCUGAUAAAUCUGGUGGUAAAGGAAAAGGAAAGAAAGGGAAAGGAGCUGGAAGACCUAAAGGAGUUGCAACUGUGGCUUCUCCAGUUAACUCAAAACCUCCAAGUACAAUUCCUCCUGGUGCAAAGAACUGUGUCGCAUCAAUACCUAGUGCACAAGCAGCUCCAGCUCCACCUUCUACAAGAAACACAGCUCCAUAUGCUAUUCCUGGUAGUACAAAUACUCCAACAUUAUCUUCAUCUCCCUCAGCAUCUCCCCCAACAUUAAGACAUUCCAGUUAUUCAUCUUCUAAUGAUAGUCAUCAUCAUCCAUCUCAUUCAAGGGCAUCUUCCUCAGCUGUGGAAAAUUUAAAACCAGUCACUCGUUCUCCUGAUCCUGUUCCUUCUAAGACAAAGAAAGGAGUUAAGCGGAAAGCUGACACUACAACUCCAAUGGCAGUUAUUCCUGAACCUGUUAUUCCUUUAGCUCCGCCGGAUAAAGUACCUAAAAUUUCCACUCGAAGGGAGAGUGGUCGCCCUAUUAAAAAACCAUCCAAAGAUUUACCAGAAGCUCCAAUUGCUGUUGAAUCGAACAAUUCCAAGCUUAAAAAGAACAAGAUGACUGAGCAGAUGAAGUACUGCCAUCUAGUUUUAAAAGAACUUUUUGCAAAAAAACAUGGUGGAUAUGCUUGGCCAUUUUACAAACCAGUUGAUGUAAAACUCCUGAAUAUUCAUGACUACUAUGAUGUCAUUAAAUGUCCAAUGGAUUUGGGAACAGUAAAGUCGAAAUUGGAAGACCGAGUGUAUAAGACACCAGCAGAAUUCGCUGCCGAUGUUCGAUUAAUAUUUACAAAUUGUUAUAAAUACAAUCCACCAGAUCAUGAAGUUGUUGCCAUGGCAAGGAAACUGCAGGAUGUUUUUGAAAUGCGAUUUGCUAAAAUGCCAGAUGAGCCUUCACCCAGUGAUAUAACGCCUCCAGUCCCUCAAGUUAAAGAAGAAAUUAGAUCUAGGACUAGCUCGGAAUCUUCAGGGAGCUCUUCCAGUGAUUCUGAUGAAGAUGAGAAGCGUAAAUUGAAACUACAACAACUACAGGAAGAACUGAAAAAAGUGACUGAAGAAAUUAAUAAUCUUGCUAAGCAGAGUAGUAGUCAUAGAGAUAAGAAAAAGAAGAAACGUAAAAAGAAAAAGAUAAAAGAAGACCCAUCUGAUUGUGUUAAAGUUAAAGAAGUAAUUGAUGUGCAAACUGUUGUUCAACCAGUCAUUCCUCCUCAAGCAUCACCUUCAUAUAGUUCUUUACCUGUAGUUAAAUCAUCACCUUCAAAUCAAUCUAGAGCUGUUAAGCCUAGGAAAGCAAGGAACACUCCCGCUAAGACUGUACCUCAGCCUAAACCGACAAAUCAGACUAAAAGACAAAGGACUAAUAGUUCUAAACCUAGAAAGCGUAAUCAGCCACCAGUUGCUGCUCAAAGUCCUCCUCCAGCUACUCAAUCUAAAGGUCUUGAAGUGUAUGAUAUGGACAGUGAGGAAGAAAAUAAUGCCAAACCCAUGUCAUAUGACGAAAAGCGACAACUAAGUCUUGAUAUUAAUAAGCUGCCAGGUGAUAAACUGGGACGUGUUGUACAUAUUAUUCAAUUCAGGGAGCCAUCUUUGCGAGAUUCCAAUCCUGAUGAAAUAGAGAUUGAUUUUGAGACAUUAAAACCAUCAACGUUAAGAGAAUUAGAAAGUUAUGUUGCAUCAUGUCUAAAGAAAAAGCCACGUAAGCCUUAUGGAAGAAAUAAAGGAAGUGCGAAAACUAAAGAUAUUGAUGUAAAAGAAAAAAAGAUUGAACUUGAAAAAAGAUUGCAAGACUGUAGUGGACAACUUCAUUCCAACACUAGUAAAAAAAGUAGUCGUAAAGAUUCUGAAGGUUCAAUUGAUGUAGUUGGAAGUGGAGGUGCUGCUACACGUUUAAGUGCUAGCAGUAGUAGUACUAGUGAUAGUGAUAGCAGCAGCAGUAGUAGUUCAAGUAGUUCAUCUGACAGCAGUGAUUCUGAAAAUGAUGCUUCUAAGAAGCCUAAGGUAGAAGAAAAUCAGCUUUCAAAUUUGGAACCACCACUACUCCUGCAACAAGAUCCAACAUCUGGUCCUGUUGGUGCAUCUUCUCAUGGCCCUCCUGCAUUAGGAGGUCCAGUAAAUUCCUAUCCACCCCCAGCUGUUAUGCCAGUUGGAAACCACUGUGGUGUUCCCACUCAGAAUCAGCUACCUGCCUUUCCCUCUCUUCAAAGCCCUCCCCAAUUACAACCGACUGUUGAAAACGCCACAUCAAAUGCUGUUUUUCCACAUGUUAAUCAACAAACUGCACCUGUCCGGCCUCAAGUUGUAGCCAGUCAUAAUCUUCCACCACAACCAUCAAGGCCAACAGCUACAGCCACAGCAGCACCAGUAAAAAAGAAUGUCAUCACAACUUCUCAACCUAGGCCACCUGGUUCUGCUCCAGUAUCCAAUGCAAGUGUGACCGUGCCUGUUUGUCAGGCUCCUGUGCCAACACAAGCUCCGCCAGUUCCUUCCGAGCCAUCUCCUAAUUCUCCAAAUACUCCCCCUAAACUUACUCCUGCUGCUGAAUUGCGGGCAAGGACACCUCAAAUUUCAACACCUCCUUUAGAUCCAACUCCCCCUCCUUUACUGUCUAAGCAACGUGAGCGGAAUUCUGAAAUUGAUCACGCUUCAACAAAUGCUUAUACACCUGCAAAGGCUCCAGAACUAACUGCACAGUCAGGUUUACCUAAUUACACAGUUGGUAAUCAAACACCUGUUGCAACAGCUGUCACCAAUGGAGAGAAAAAAAUGGAACAAAAGCCUUCACCAGUUUCUAAUAUUACCCCUACCACCAAAAAGGUUGAGUCAAAGCUGAGAAAUUUUGGUUCUUGGUCUGUUUUGGCUCAGUCAGCUGCUAAUAGCCCUAGUACUAGUAAUGCUACACCUAGUUCGAAAAAUCCAACUAUGGAUAGUUUUCAACAGUUUAAAAACAAGGCCAAAGAGAAAGCAGAUAAGCAACGGCAACUUGUAGAACAACAAGAGUUAAGGCGGCAUCAAAAAGAACAAGCAGAAAAGGAGCGUAUAAGGAUGGAAAGAGAACGGCAGAGGGAAAGAGAAGAGGAAGAGGCUUUAGAAAGAGCGAGAAAAACUCAGCAACAACAACAAAAAGAAAAUGCAGUGGGUAGAAGAGAGGAAAAUCAAACUAUUUCUCCUAUUGCAGUCAAAUCGAGUUCACCUACUCCAGCACCACCAUCUGCUCUCAGUGAAAGAGAAGAAUUGCGAAGAUUAGAACAAGAAAAAAGGAGAAGAGAAGCUAGAGCAAGCCACAUUGAUAUGAAUAGACAAAGUGACAUUAUGGCAAAUUUUGAAGAAAACUUGUGAUGCAUUUUGAAACAUUUACUAGUGGCUUUACUGGCUAAAUAUCAAGACUUGUACAUAAUACAGAAAUUUUUUAUUAAUAAUGUGGUGCUGUCUGUGAGCCACGUUUGUAUGCGUGCUGUGCAACAGUUUGCACAGAUUGCUGAAACAGUUCAAAAAAAAAAAAAUCCAGUUGAUUUUUCUGGAUGCAUAUUUUGUGUAUGCCUUGCAAUACUUCAUUCCUUGCAUUGGACUGAGCAGUCCAAACAGUCAAACAAACAUUAAAAUUUCAUGUUGUAUUAUAGAGUCAUCAUUCAUCAUAACAAAACCAUCAUACGAGAGGUAGUAGUGUGACACAAAUCAUAUAUAAAUAGUUCAUCUUCAGUUUCGAAUCAUCGCCAUCUACAAUUUUAGCAAUAGCAUGGAAAGUAAAACUCUGUGAGGGAGAAAUCGUGCAUCAACUUUUGUACUAAUACUUGUCAAGAACAUAGAAGUACUAUAUGAUUUUAGAACUAUAUUUACAGUUGUAUAUGCAAAAUAGGCAUUGUAUUAUACGCCAUCAGUGCUGAGCUCAAAAGAAAUACUAAAGACAACUUGCACAGGAAUUUUUGCUCUGUCAUAAUUUUGAACUUGUAUGCCAAAGGUUUCUUCUUGGUGUCAUAUGGUGGUGAACCAGAAUAAUGUACUUAUUAGGGGCCAGUACCUUUCUUUCUAUUCUUAAUAAGCUUUAAAUUCCAAAUUUAUGUAAUUUAAUAUGCUGUGAAGAACACAGUCUUUCCAUUUAAAUAUUUCAGCAGCAAGCUAAACAAAAAAUAUGGGUUUCUUUCUUCUCGCAGAAAUUAAAAAUAAUAAUUUAUUGUCAGUGACUUGUUUCUGUAUAUAUUUUGAUGUUAGUGCAAGAUAUUGUAGAAAAGUGUUUUGAAAAGCCUUUUGUAAUUUGUAUUACAUGCAUGUCCUGAAAUUUUUUAAUUAUAAUUUGUCUGACUACCUCUUGUCUAUUUAUUUGUCAUGAGAAUCAUGUGAAGAAAUGCAUUUAUUUUAUCACACCAGCCUCACAACUGUAAAGGUUGGUGGAUAAGUGUUUUUAUCUCAUUGUAAUCUUGCAUCGGUUUAUCAUUUGUGAGAGGGCAAUGUGCCAUUCAAAGACUUGCUUGGGAAUUCGUUGUUAUAUAUUUUUCAUUGCUUACUUUCUCAUAAGUCAUUUGCUGUGAAAAUUAUCUCUUAUUAAUGCACAUAGGUGUUGUUGACAUGACAUUUUUCUAGAAAUACCCAUAGUUUAAUUUCUUCUUAAUUUAAAAUGCCUGCUCAAAAAUAAAGUAGGAAUUUUCUUAAAUUAAUCUUUUUAUAUUAUUAUCUUUUAAAUAUAUCUAGGAAAAAAAAGGCAUGCAUUUUUCUAAAUAUAAUUAAAAUUUCUAUAUAAAUUUUUUUUAAUUGUUAUAUCUAGGAAAAUGAGGCAUAGAGUUUUCUCGAUGUAAUUUCAUUAUUUCUUUAUCAUAACAUUUUCAAAAAGAAAAAAAUAUAUAAAUAAUUAAAUAGCUUAUCAAACUAUUUUUGAUCAAAGUAUUUUUUGAUGUAUAAAAUAAAAUGGUAAUCAUACUGUUUGUUAUCUUAAAAUCUUUAUAAAACACACUGUUCUGAAAUUUUCAAAAUUUUCAUCACGAAAUGCUGGCAGCUUUAUGGUAAAAAUCUAAAUUGAAAUAAAAAACUACGUGAAAUAGGGAAAAAUAGCUUUGCAUUUUUGCAGCUUUGUUAAUUGUUGAAAAACUGUUCGUAAGUUUUAAUUUUUAAAGUUUUGAAGAAAGAAGGGUAUUUAAAAAAUGUUAAAAAUUUCCAAAUUUUUUUUUCCUCGUUAGAGAAAAAUGUUUUCCCAAAAUUUUUUAAGGUGAAAAUGUAAUAAAAUGCCAACUACAUCUAUGUCCUUUUCUUUUUAUAAUUUGAAAUAAUACUGUAUAUAAAAAAAGUUAACUGUUAUUUGCUGGCUGCUAUUUUGUUUAUUUAUGCUAAAAAAUACUCAAAUAUGAAGAAUUAAUCUUUUGAACUAUAAAUAAAAAAAUUGUUUAUCUAUAUAUAAUUAAUUAUGACAGUGUAAUUCAACAAAAGUUCAUUGUGUUCCAUUUUCAAAAGAGCAAAAGGUUCAAAAGUAAUUACAAUCUAUAUUAAUGAAUUAUGUGAAAUGUAGUUAUCUUUCAUUUUUUUAAAAGUAAGUUUAGGUCAUAUAACAACAAAAUUUUUUUAAGAGAUUUUUAUUUUUAAUAGAAUUUUUCCAAGUGUACUUAUUUAUUUUAUGAAAGUCUUGUCAAUAAUUUCAAGCCUUUUCAUGUUUUUUCUUCAAUUAACAUGAACUCUGGAAUGUAAAUUAUUAUAUUAAAAUGAAAUUGCAAAAAAAAAAAAAAAGAAUGUAAAUAUAUUAUUGUUCUUACCUGGUACAUAGCUGACUAAAUUCUGAAAGCUUUGUGUAGUUAAUUACUUAUUAAUAGGAAAAGAAAUCUUUAACAAGCUAUUAUUAAUACAAUUUAUUCUUUUUAAUUUUGCAAUAUUCUUAAAUGGAUUUAAAGGCUAAAAUUUUAAAUUCUAAACGCACAAUUUAUCAAUUAUGCUUUACACUAAAAGUUUCCUUUUGACAUUACUGCCAUCCUGUAAAUUAUUAUUAAAAAUCAUUUUUAUUGUAUGCUACACACAGCUAAUCCACCAUUACUAGUUAGGCUGUAUCAGGCUUUUGUUAAAUAUUUUUGUUGAAAAAUGUAUUAGUUUAUUUAAAAUGAAAACUGAGCACAAAUUAGUGAAAAAUCCUUUGUUUAUUACUUAUAUCUUUUUAAUUUAUUUGACGAGUUUAUUAUAAAUAUAUUUCAUAUAGCAAUAAAUUUAAUUGGUUCAAAAUUAUGAUACAGCAGGCAAUAUGGAAACUGAUGUUUAUGAUAUGCAUGCAAAAUCAAAUAAUUGAAACAAAAAUGUUGUCUUGUGCAAUUGUAUUUUUUAGCUAUUUAUUAAAUAGAAUUAAUUUUGGUCAUUUUGAAUGUAUUAUAUAUUUAUUUAAAUAAUUAGUUUGCAGUGAUCAUAUUUAUUUUAUUUUUGCAGAAUUAUUAAUUUAUUUAUUUUAACCUUAACAAAUAUUAUAAAUGAAACAAAGUUAUUUAUUUUUAUUCAAAACGUCAGUUCUAAAAGCUGUUGUCGAUGUCAGUAUAAAAUUGAAUGAAUUAAAAAGGAUUUCUAAAAUUUUUUAAGCUAAUUUGCUUAGUACUUUAUUGCAUGUAAUUCAUGCAUGUAUAUAUAAAUAUGGGUGUCAGUUGUAAAUUAUUUCAUUGUUAAUUAGGAAACAAAUAGCCUAUGUGAAUAUAGUGCUAUAAUGGUAUUCAAUUUUUAUGUUUCAAAAAAUUGUAUCUUUGUAAGGUCAGGCUUAUGCUGAAUAUUUUGUUGUUGUUUAAAUUUAUUUACUGCAAUAAGAAAUGGAGAAAUCGUACAUGGAAUAUUCUUUCUGAAUCUUAAUAUUUAUUACUUGCUGAUAGUUUCAUGUUGCUUAAUGCUAAAGGAAACAAUUGAAAGAAGUUAUACUAUUUAUCAAUAUAAAACAAACUUGUUCAAUUUUAGUGCAACUUCGUUAAAAUUUUAGAGUUAUACUUAAGCAAGUAAUAACAAGUACUAAUUUUAAUAAAAUUAUGAGUUUAUCUAUUAUUAUCAGUUUAUUAUUAGUAUUAUUUAUUAAUAGUGAAAUUAUCAGUUUAUCUAUUCUGAUAUAACUUUUUGUCUCAAGUGUACCCCUUGUGAAGUAACAUUUAAAUUGAGAUUUUUUUUGUUAACAGCUUUAAGAUUUUUAUUGACAAUAAAAUUAAAUUGUUUAAAAUAACCAUUUCAUCAGUGGGAUAUGAAUUUGAUAGAAUUUUUCAAAUGUGUUCGACCUGUUUAAAUUUAUGUCUCUGAAAGCUUAAUAAAGGAAAAACAUUUUUAACUUGAUUUUUGUUCCAACUAAGUUUUUGUUUUUUUUUUUUUAAAGUUUUUUUUUUUAAUGCUAAUUGUUGCUGAAAUCCAAGGAAUCAAUUUUUUGUAAAGUAUGUCAGUAAAAUUGAAACAUACAACUCUUCAGUAUUCAUUGAUUUUAAAUAUUAUAAUGGGAUGAUAAAAUAUUAUAACACGAAGUGUUAGUCUUUGCUUUUUCUAAAAUUUAAUGUCUUGCUAUUAACAAAUGGUUUAGUUUCUGAGAGUUAAGAGUAUCAGAAAAUUUUGUACUCUUUUGCAAGGUGUUGAAAUGUUUGAGCAUUAUCACCAUUUAUUUGACAAUGAGACAGGAGAUCUUUAAUAGACUAAAGAAUGAAUUUAAUGCUGCUUUAAUCUAAUUUUAACAAUUUGACCUGAAUGUCAAUCGAACAAUAAUUUUUGUUUAUUGCUAAAAGUCCCAGAAAUAAACUCUUGUUAGGUGUAGUAUGUAAAAUUAAAGUAUGUGUAUUUGAAUUCUUCAGUUUACAUUGGUUUUAGGAAUGUACCUAAUUUAAAUCAUUAAUUUGGUAGCAUAUGAUACUCUUAAAUAGCACAAAGAAGGAAUCAAGUGCCACUUUUAAUUAAAACUUAAACAUUGUUGAUGGAACAAUAAUUUUAAAAUCAAAGUAUUGCUUAAGUGACUGUCAAUAAUUUUUUUUUCUCCAGCUAUGCCAAUAGUAUGCCUGUGUUUUCUUAGGUGCAGCCAGUGCUUUUAAUCUGCACAAUGUUCUUCAAGGUAAGAUUUUCUAUAGAUCUUCCAGCUGUCUACAAUCAUCUUUUAUACUAAAGGAGCCUUAAAGAAGUAAUCACCGUUAAAAGAAAUCGGGUAUUUCUUUUAACUUUGAUUUCAACAAAUAUAUUUUUCGCAGCAACUUGAUUUGGAAGUUAUUGUGAUAAAUGAAUUUGAAUUUCAGAUAUGCAUUACAUUUAAAAUUGUUUACUUGUUAGAGUUACUUGAUCUCUAUCACAAUAUGUGAAUCAACACUGUUAUAUUUCGUCCUUUGCCAAAAUGUGUUAUCUUCUUUUUUUUUUGUGUUAGAUCAAAUCAAAUUAUGUAUAUGUGCCCCCAGCACUUGCUAAUUCAAUGGUUGUGAGUCUGUGCCUCAUUUGUGGAUAGGAUUCAAGCACAUCAUAAUGUACAUAUAUAUUUAUACUGUCCCCCUGUAAUAAAUUAUCAAAUUUGUCCCCCCCCUCAAAUCAUUGUCUUAAUAGAAUUCUUUUCUUCUGGAAUCUUAGUUUCUCUCCUGAAGUCAUUUAAUUUAUCCUUUGCAUUGUAUGUGUAUAGUAACUAUCUGACAUCCAUCUAUUGUAUAUUUUAUUUCAUUAAAGAUGAUAUAAAGUAUUUGAAAUGAAA